AGCCCACAUCAGGGCACCCUGCUUCAAUGGUGAGUUUUUUAUCUCUUGGCAUUCCUCUGCAAUGGAAAGGGUAUCAGACCUGACUAGAGUGAAUGUGUGCAAUGGUCUGCAUCUCCAUCCACUUAAGCUGUUUUCUUGGGAGAGAACAGAGAGGGAGGUUGAGGUGGACUGAUGAGUUAUUUCUGGAUAGUGAAUAGGUGAGAGGCAGGGUAGCCCUCCGCAAAAGUCAGCCAGAAGUAGUACCUGAUCCACUGGGUGACAGGAGUGGGAGUCUUGGAAUAAAUGGGACUGGAGACUUAGAAGGAAAAACAGAAUAAAUGCCAAAGUGAUUGGCCCUGUGGAUAGGACGGGAAUACUUGGAACAGGGGUCUCUGGAGUGUGGAAAAAUGAAAGAAAUCCAGUUUGACCAGGGGCCCGGCCAUUAGUACCCAAGAGAUGGUCAGCAUUAGUCAGAAAGGAGAAUUUGAGAGUUUGCAUCGGUGGGGAAGGGAAUAAAUGGAUGAGAAUCCAUAGGAAAAAGGAGUCCUAAAGUAAGCUAGAAGAGAAGAAAAUGAUACUUCUCCCCAGGGUAGAAGUGAAGGUAGUGUGCUGUAGGUUUUAUCAGCAACAGUUUCUCAAACCAGACACUUAGACAUUCAAGAAUACCAGGAGCAAAAGAAAACCCUGGAGGGAGUUUUUGAAGUAGGUGGCUGGAAUGACAUGGAGAAUGAGUGUCAAAGGGGCAGAAUUCUAUGCUUAGAAAGAGCAACACUCAACAGAGGCCUUCAGCUGUCCACAGAGCUGCUCAAUGGCAUUAAAAGUACGUUUAUCUAUUAUGUCUCUAAGCUCUAACACCAGUCACAGUAGUAGCCAGGAUUUUCUGAGGGCUAUGUGCAGGGGACAGAGCUAAGAGCAUUACAAGCACUAUCUCAUUUAAUCCUUAACAACCCUAUGAGUUAGUAUUACUAUCCCAAUUUAUAGAUAAGGAAACAGGUGUAGAGAGAUGAAGCAACUUGCCCAAAGUCACAGGGCUCUUAAGUGGAGUCAGAAUUUGAAUCCAAAUAGUCUGACUCUACAACCUAUGCUCUUAAUCACCCAUCUUGAGGUUCUCAAGAACCUGCAGGAAACCCAAAAGAGGAUGUCAGAGGAUAAAUCCCUAAAUCCCCAUUCCAUAACAUACGAGGUACCUCUGGGAAACUGGACUGACUCAUACCACUAGGGCGUUAUACAAGAUGUUCCUCUUUGAAAGAACCAUCCCCAGAUACAGGGAGAUCCUGUAUCUGCUCUAUGUUUAGGGGUGAUGAACAAUGGACAGUCCAUCUCUGGGAGUCCUGUGGAAGAGACCCCCUCCAACCUCUGAGGGGCAUCCAUGUUUCCAGGAUACUUCAAGGAGACCCUGCCCUGGGGUCUGAAACAUUCUCCACUCCAGGUGCCCGUUCACUCUCCUGUAGCCUCUGGCCGGCGCACCCUACUGCAGCUCCUCGGUUUGGCUGGGGCACAGGAUUAGCCAUCCCCAGGAAAUGCCUCCCUCCGGUCCAGGCAGGGAUCCCAGCAUAGCCACCCCUGGAGAGUGUGUGUGUGUACGUGUGGUGUUGUGGGGCGGGGAGGUGGGGGGAGAGCGUGGAAUGCUCUCCAGGUCAGGAAGAGAUCUGGGGACCACCUGGGGACCCUCACUCCCCCCACCUCCUUGCUGGGGAAGUGCCCAGUCCAGUGCCCCUUCCAUGGCCACCUCCCUCCCCCUAGCUAUGCGGGGGCAUGAAUCAGCUCUCACAGCUUGUUAAAGCUAGACCUCUUGUUUUCAUGCCCUCACCUCAGGAAACAGAGUUACAGCUUUUCCAGCUCUACUCAGCAGGGGGCCAGGGUCCUCACUUUAUAAACAUCUCCAAGACUGUGAGAGCAGAGGGCAAGGAGAUGGUGUGAGACAGGAGCCCAGGGGAAAAGACAGAAAGUAAGACUCAAAGAGAGAAACAAAGAAAAGCCAAGGAGACAAGACCACAGUAGCCUGAACAGAAGCCAAGAAGGGUCCGAAAGGGCUGUACCGCAGGAAUGGCUCUAAGGAUGCUCUGGGCUGGACAGGCUAAGGGGAUCCUGGGAGGCUGGGGGCUCAUCUGCUUGCUGAUCUCUCUGCUUCUCCAGCACCCAGGAGUCCACAGCAAGUGCUACUUCCAAGCUCAAGCUCCCUGCCACUAUGAUGGGAAAUAUUUUACCCUGGGUGAGUCUUGGCUCCGCAAGGACUGUUUCCAUUGCACCUGUCUGCAUCCUGUCGGUGUGGGCUGCUGUGACACGUCCCAGCAUCCCAUCGACUUCCCCGCUGAGUGUGAGGUACGACAGGAGGCAGGAACUUGCCAAUUCUCCCUGGUGCAAAAAUCUGACCCUCGGCUGCCCUGCAAAGGGGGAGGGCCUGACCCAGAGUGGGGCUCAGCUAACACCCCUGUUCCUGGGGCUCCUGCUCCCCACUCCAGCUAAACUCAAAUGAUCACCCUUCUGCUGACUGCCCACUGCUGCUGCCACUUCCAGGGAAACCACUAGCAGCUGCCAAUUUAUUCUGAAUAAAUAAAUUAAUGCUCCAGCUGA